AUGGCCCAGCUAUACUACAAAAAGGUAAACUAUUCACCAUACAGAGAUCGGAUCCCACUACAGAUCGUGCGAGCGGAGGCAGAGCUCUCGGCGGAAGAGAAGGCCUACCUCAGCGCUGUGGAGAAGGGGGACUAUGCCAGUGUGAAACAUGCCUUGCAAGAGGCAGAGAUCUACUACAACAUCAACAUUAACUGUAUGGAUCCUCUUGGUCGCAGUGCCCUUUUAAUAGCCAUAGAGAACGAAAAUCUGGAGAUCAUGGAGUUGCUUUUGAGCCACAGUGUGUAUGUGGGAGAUGCUCUGCUGUAUGCAAUACGGAAAGAGGUGGUGGGAGCUGUGGAGCUGCUGCUGAAUUACAGGAAACCGAGUGGUGAAAAACAGGUUCCAACCUUGAUGAUGGACACCCAGUUUUCAGAAUUCACUCCAGAUAUCACCCCAAUAAUGCUGGCGGCUCACACCAACAACUAUGAAAUCAUCAAACUGCUUGUCCAAAGACGGGUAACAAUUCCACGCCCACACCAGAUCAGAUGCAACUGUGUGGAAUGUGUCUCCAGUUCGGAGGUGGACAGCCUAAGGCAUUCCAGGUCAAGGCUGAACAUCUACAAAGCCUUAGCCAGCCCUUCGUUGAUUGCCUUAUCAAGUGAGGACCCCAUCUUGACGGCCUUCCGACUGGGCUGGGAGCUGAAGGAGCUCAGCAAAGUGGAAAAUGAGUUCAAGGCUGAAUAUGAAGAGCUUUCACAGCAGUGCAAGCGUUUUGCUAAGGACCUUUUGGAUCAAGCACGGAGUUCCCGAGAAUUGGAGAUCAUUCUCAAUCACAGAGAUGAUCAAAGUGAGGAGCUGGAUCCCCAAAAAUGUCAUGAUUUGGCAAAGCUAAAGGUAGCAAUAAAGUAUCACCAGAAAGAGUUUGUUGCUCAGCCAAACUGCCAGCAGCUACUAGCAACACUUUGGUAUGACGGUUUUCCAGGAUGGAGGCGGAAACACUGGGCAGUAAAACUCUUGACCUGUGUCACCAUUGGACUGCUAUUUCCUGUGCUAUCCGUGGCAUAUCUGAUUGCACCGAAGAGCAGGCUGGGACUGUUCAUUAAAAAGCCAUUUAUAAAGUUUAUCUGCCACACUGGCUCUUACCUAACCUUCCUCUUCAUGCUCCUGCUGGCAUCGCAGCACAUUGUCAGGACUGACCUUCACAUGCAGGGACCACCUCCCACCAUCGUGGAGUGGAUGAUCCUGCCCUGGGUUCUAGGUUUUAUCUGGGGAGAAAUCAAGGAAAUGUGGGAUGGUGGAUUCAAUGAGUAUGUACAUGACUGGUGGAAUCUGAUGGAUUUUGCAAUGAACUCCCUCUAUCUUGCAACUAUCUCCCUUAAAAUUGUGGCCUACGUCAAGUAUAACGGUUCUCGUCCAAGGGAGGAAUGGGAAAUGUGGCACCCGACUCUCAUUGCAGAAGCCCUCUUUGCAAUAUCCAACAUUUUAAGUUCCUUGCGUCUCAUAUCCCUGUUUACAGCAAAUUCACACUUGGGACCCUUGCAGAUUUCUCUGGGACGCAUGCUGCUAGACAUCCUUAAAUUCCUUUUUAUCUACUGUCUGGUGCUUCUGGCUUUUGCCAAUGGACUGAACCAGCUUUAUUUUUAUUAUGAGACCAGUGCCUCGGAGGAACCCAACAACUGCAAGGGGAUCCGAUGUGAGAAACAGAACAAUGCCUUCUCCACACUUUUCGAGACCCUCCAGUCACUCUUCUGGUCUGUGUUCGGUCUGCUGAAUCUCUAUGUCACCAACGUGAAAGCCAGACAUGAGUUCACAGAAUUUGUUGGGGCCACUAUGUUUGGGACCUACAACGUCAUCUCCCUUGUUGUGCUGCUGAACAUGCUCAUAGCCAUGAUGAACAACUCCUACCAGCUCAUUGCCGACCAUGCGGAUAUUGAGUGGAAGUUUGCACGGACGAAGCUCUGGAUGAGUUACUUUGAUGAGGGUGCCACUCUGCCACCUCCUUUUAACAUUGUCCCGAGUCCCAAGUCAGUUUGGUACCUUUGCAAGUGGAUUCACAAUCAGCUGUGCCCAGGAAACGACUCUGACAAUGAACAGAAGAGGCAUGAAAACCUCAAAACAUUCACAGAACGGCAUGCGGACAACCUGAUUCAGAAUCAACAUUACCAGGAAGUGAUAAGAAAUCUUGUGAAAAGAUAUGUCGCAGCAAUGAUAAGGACCUCCAAAACCAAUGAAGGUUUAACUGAAGAAAAUUUCAAGGAAUUAAAACAGGACAUCUCAAGUUUUCGCUAUGAAGUUCUUGACCUCUUAGGAAACAGGAAGCCCCAGAGGAGAAGUUAUUCUACCAGCAGCACAGAGGUGUCCCAAAAGGAUGAAACAAAUGAGGAUAGUGCUGGAGAAAAAUCCAAAGCCAAGAGCGUGUCUUUCAAUGUAGCCAACAAAAAAAAGGACUUCAAUGUAUCUGCUCUAAUUAAAACUAUGUCUGGGAUUGAUAUGGUGGAAGAGAAGCCAAAAAGCAAUGGGAUCAGUAAGCGCUCUUUUGUCCGAAAUGGAAACAGAGUUCAGAGACUUUCCAGCUCCAAGAAGGAGUCCUUUAAGAGACUGGGCCUGCUUUUCUCCAAGAUGAACGGACAUGUACCUGAACCAAAUUCAGAACCCAUGUACACUAUUUCAGAUGGAAUUAUUCAGCCCCACUACAUGUGGAAGGACAUUAAAUAUUCUCAGAUUGAUAAAGAGAAGGAAGAGAAUUGUUCCAAAAGUGAAAUUAACCUCAAUGAGGUGGACUACAGUGGGAACACAAGACUUACAGGACAGAGCAAGGAGUGCCCUGUGGUUUGUACCAGCUCCCUUCACUGUGCUUCCAGUAUUUGUUCCUCUAAUUCCAAACUUAUAGACUCAUCAGAGGAUGUGUUUGAUUCAUGGGGAGAGGCUUGUGACUUGUUUAUAAACCAGUGGAAAGACGGGCAGGAGGAUCACGUUACAACUCGGCUAUAAGUAAAGCUAUCUUAACAUUCGCUGGAAAACUUAGCCAAUUAUUUGUAAUGGUUUGCUCUCAUCUGAUUCAGCAUUACUAUUUCCUUUCUGUCCACAGG